GGGAAAUUCUCUCCAAUCCCUCUCACUCACCGAGUACACAUGUUACAUUGACAGACCGAAUUUACCAUCUCACGACCUCAAGUGUGCCUGAAAGUCAGCCUCAUCUAACGUCAAGUAAUAAUGUACAGCACCUCUCGCAGGAUUGCGAGACGCCCAGCGCUUUUGGCGGAGGUUCUAGCUUAACCUGGUUCAAUCAUCACCCGGAGACGUCGCGACCCUUGUCAGUUCGGUUGUGUGAUUAUUGGAAGAAGAUAGUUGUCUGUGACGAAGAUGGAUUACGACCGUACUUCGCUUGAGUGGUCCGAACGCGACUUUUCCAACUUCACUUGCCAAUUUCCAGACGAAAAGACAACGAUAGUGACGAAACUCGCGAAUGAAGAAGGACCUCCAACACUCGAAGUCAAGACACUGAGCACUAAUGAAGAAUGGGAGACCUGGCUCAAGAACGCUGUCCUGGACUUUCUUCCCUCGUCCGGCCACCCGCGUUCUGGCAUAUGUGCUGUAAUCUUCGGUAGCGUCGAGCCUAUCUUUGACGAUGAUGAAGAUGGGGCAAACACACAGUCACCGGUAUCCUAUCUCCCAUUUAGCAGCGAUGACAUCCUCUCACAACUCGUGCACGAGUUUCAUCUCCACCCAAGGAUCACUCGGACGAUUAGUAGAUUGAGCUGCUACUUCUCUGCUCAGCGUCAUUACUCUGACGAUGACGAUCUUCCAAAGGGGGGCAAGGAGAGAAGACCGAUGAUAACAUGCACAGCGCGAACUUCGUCGACAUUACCGAACGACAUGGCUUUGUCGACGACGUACUUUACCGAAAUAGACCUCAAUCUUGCAGUGUUCUACGGAUGCAAUGAAAGACAAAAAGAAGACAUAUCAAGAAGAAUCAGGUCGUGUGACCUCAAGCACAACCACCCAUUACUCCUACCCGGCUUGUUCUUUGAACUCGAACGUAUCCGUCUAGUCGAUCAGGUAGAGAAUCUUCUGGACAACUUUGAACUUCGGAACAACUAUGAGUACAACCAGUUAGAGAAGGUCGGCGGCGCAAGAGGCCUGGAUCUAGACAUGGACAAAAAACGAAUGACAGACGUGCUGAAGUCGACGUACAGAUCCAGGGAGUUGGUAAGCUUGAUAAUGGCCGUAAAGAGACAACUGAAGAAGUUUGAGACGGCGAUGGACAUGGUGGAAACCAGCGUCAAGUCAUCACCUUCAUCUGCCUUCUCUUCGGGCUGUCUGACACGCACCCCUUCAGCAACCUUGUCAUCGGCACCUGGCUCACGAACAAUGUCCCGCUCCACAACGCUAGAGGUGAACAGCGAGGAAAACUACACGCAGCAGGGGCUGCCUCGUCUUUCUGGCGUAUCGGGCUACUUACGGCUUCAAAGAGCUGGAAGGAUGAUUCGGGAAAGGCUGCAGGAUAUCAUGUUCGAAUUUGAUGAUAAGAUCAACGAUUGCCAUCUCGUGAAAGACAACAUGUCACUGACAAUGCAAACGGUCUGGAGCUUCUUCUCACUUCAAGACAAUCAGACCAAUCUGAAGCUGUCGAGACUCAACACGAAGCUAGCACACGCAAACACCGGUCUCUCAGAGGAGAUGAAGAAAGACAGCUCGCAGAUGCGAUCGAUUGCUUUGCUGACAAUGGUCUUCCUGCCCAUGUCAACUGUUGCGACCAUCUUCUCAACCAAUUUCUUCUCGUGGGAUGCCGCGGAAGGCCAAAGCGUCGUGUCCAAGUACUUCUGGGUAUUUAUCGUCGUUGCCAUUGCUCUCACAUGCAUCGUCGUCGGGGCAUGGUACACGGCCACCUGUGCGAAGGGUCGCAAGGGCCAUCGUCAUUGCUGUAUACGCUUGCCAUUUGGUGCCUUGUUCGGCAGAAAAGCUGGAUCGACUGACGACGACCUCCAACCCCACAGAAAAUCGGGCAGAAGGGUCUUCGAGGACGAAGAGAGGGGGGUUUCACUUGAUCUCUAGAGGUAGGGGAGGAAAGAAUGGACUCCCUGCCAUAGCGUACUCGAUGCUAAGGAAAGUACGAUGCGAUGCGAUGCAAAUGUUAACGAAAACUGAAGGGGCAGCUGCAUGUGAGUAUCCCUACAUAAGUCAAGGGGCCCCUUUCUCUCCGGGAAGGCAUGAUGAUGAUGAUGAUGAUGA